GCUGCAGCUGCUCCGCGCCCCUCCCGCCCCGCUCCGCGCCGCCGCCGCCGCCGCUCUCAGCCUCUCCCCGCACGGCUCCCUGCACAACGGCUCCCACUGGUCGCUCUCCUUCGACAUGUCCUCGCUGUCCAGCAGCCAGGAGGUCAGUCUGGCCCAGCUCCGUGUCCGUCUGUCCGGCCUCUCCCGCGCCCACAACGCCUCCCUGGACAUCUACCACAGCCAGCGCCGCCGGUGCCGCCCGGACGGGGCUUGCCCCCACCAGCUCUUCCUGGGCACCGUGGUUGGCACCCCCUCUGCCAGCCAGGCCUCCUGGAAAGUCUUUGAGGUCACCGACCUGCUGCGGGGCUGGCUGCACCAGGCCGUGCCCGCCGGGCAGCAGGGCCGCUGGGAUGCGAACGGCUCCGCCGCUCCCGCCGCACCGGGAGACACCGACGGCGGCGGGGACGCGGCGGACAGCGUGCUGCUGCUCGUCUUCUCCAAGGACAAGUCUCCGGGCGAGCACAGCCUCAUCAGGACGGCCGAGAGCUCCAAGUACAUCAUGCGGGAGAGCGGCUGGAGGGGCGCGGGGCCGCGGCGGCAGCGCAGGACCAGGACGGACAGACAGCGCAUCAAAGGCGGCGCCCCGCGGGAGCAGGGCCGGCAGCAGGGCCGGCCGCUGUGCCGCAGGGUGGACAUGGUGGUGGAUUUCGAGCAGACGGGCUGGGGCAGCUGGAUCGUGUACCCCAAGAGGUACAACGCGUAUCGCUGCGAGGGGCUGUGCCCCUCGCCCGUGGACGAGACAUUCAAGCCCACCAACCACGCCUACAUCCAGAGCCUGCUGCAGCUCUACAAGCCCAACCUGGUGCCGUGCCCCGCCUGCUCGCCGGUGAAGAUGAGCCCCCUCUCCAUGCUCUACUACGAGAGGGGCGAGGUCGUGGUCCGCCACCACGAGGACAUGAUCGUCGAGGAGUGUGGCUGCAACUGAGGCACGGCCAGGAAGGUGCACAGGAGCGCCUCGAUGCCCCGGGAGCGCUGCACGGAGCAGCAGGGUGACCCUGAGGCUGGCACAGGAGCCGGGGAGGAGAAGGUGCCCGGCAGCUCUGCGCAGCCACAGUGCCUGGCUGGAUCCGGGCUCUGCGUGGAAAAGCCACCAGGCACCUCCCUGAGGCUGCACCCAGUGUUUGCCAAGGGGCUGGAGGGUGCCCUGUGUGGGGCAGAGGCAGGGCUGGGCACGGCUCCCUGCCGUGGCACAGCUGCUUUGCCCAGCCGUGGGAAUCACCAGGGGCCAGAGGUUCUCAGGAGCCUGCAGCUCCAGGGUCUGGCCGUGCUGAGCAUACACACCACUGGGGUGUUCAAUUUCCCCGCGGGUUUUAAGUGUUUCUUCCGAUAAUUUUAUUAUAUUUCUAUUAAAACUGUCACAUUUCUAUGACAACUCAGACAAGUGGAUGUAUUUGCCAGUGUCCAGAGCCCCAGCUGGCAGAUCCAGCUGGGCAGAUGUUACAAACAAAUAAGCACAGCUCUGCUCGAGCCUUUUCCCCCUCAUUGGAAGGGCUGGUAGUGAAA